UCUAUGGAACAUUCUAGUACUCCGUUCCUCCUCUCCCAAACCCACUCAACCGAACCCGAAACUCCAACGCUUCACAAACACCAGUUCUACUCCUUGGAUGACACCAUCGAGCGGUGCAUUGGAGGAGACUUUGGGUGUGUCCAGUUCCUUCAAGUCCUCCUCGUGUCCCUCGCGUGGGUCUUCGAUGCGCAACAAUUAUUCAUCAGUGUCUUUGCAGACGCUCAGCCAACAUGGCACUGCACAAAUCAACUGGCAUGCAACUACACGACCACAAACAUCUGCGAGCUUCCGAAGAAUUCAUGGGCAUGGGAUUUAUCCCCACACACUUCCAUCAUAUCGGAGUGGUCUUUAGAGUGUGCCGGCUCCUUCAUCACCGGCCUGCCGGCCACCUCCUUCUUCCUCGGUUGCAUGUCAGGUGGACUGCUGCUGGCAACACUGGCGGACUCGUCACUCGGCCGCAAGAACAUGCUACUCCUGUCAUGCUCACUCAUGUCUGUAGCUGGCCUCCUUACAGUGAUUUUGUCCACCAACGUCUGGAUCUACUCGGCUUUCAAAUUCGUCAGUGGGUUCGGACGAGCAACAGUCGGGACAUGCUCCCUCGUGUUGUCAAUGGAGCUCGUCGGCAAAAAGUGGAGGGGAGAAGUCGGGAUCAUUGGCUUCUUGUGUUCCACUUUAGGGUUUCUCUCAUUACCACUCAUCGCUUACCUGAAUAGGACCUCUUCAUGGAGAAUUCUGUAUCUAUGGACUUGUAUUCCAACAAUCAUCUACUGCACAUCAGUCUAUUUCUUCGUUCCCGAAUCUCCAAGAUGGCUUUUUGUCAGAGGACGAAAAGAAGAGUUCAUGGCAACACUCAAGCACAUAGCACAAUACAACAGCAGCAACUUAACCCGCUGGAGCUUCUCCGGCAUGUCCAUCGAGCACGAACCAGGGAAUAACACGGAUCUUUACUCAGCAGUAAAUAUCAUGUUAGAGAAAAGAUGGGCGAUUCGGAGGUUGUUGACGUUGAUGGUGGUGGGAUUUGGGGUGGGUAUGGUGUACUAUGGAUUGCCGUUGGGGGUCGGAAACUUGGGAUUCAAUCUCUAUUUGGCCGUCACGUUUAAUGCCUUGUCGGAGGUUCCGGCUUCGUUGAUCUCAUUUUUCUUGGCACGGAGACUGAACAGGAAGAGUGCGGUUUUAGGGUUCACAAUGGUGAGUGGGAUUUGUUGUGUGAUGUGUGUGGUGCUCGUGAGGGAUGAGUUGCAAAUGUUGGCGGAGAUGGCGUCGUUCUUCAGUGCGUGUACUGCGUUUAACAUGCUGUUGAUUUACACCAUGGAGUUGUUUCCUACGUGCGUGCGUAACUCGGCGGUGUCCAUGGUGAGGCAGGCGCUGGUGUUUGGCGGAGUGUUCAGUCCAUUGUUGGAUGGUAAGGCGUCGUAUGGGGCGUUUGGGGUGACCACAGGGUGUUGUGGGCUGUUUGUGGCAUGUCUGCCGGAGACUAGGGGUGGGAUCCUUUGUGACACCAUGGAUGAAGAGGAGCAAAAGGAGAGAUCAGCAGCGGCCGCAGCCUCGUAUCUCCAAUCCCAUCCAUGA